AUGAACAGUAAUAAUAAAUUUGGAAUAGCAUCAUUGAAUAACAACAUCAAAAAUAACUACCGUGAUGAUAUCACUAUUACAGCUACAACAGGAACCUUUUAUGAUCCUUCGAUAUUUGAUAAACAGAAAUCACAAUUAUCACAACAGUUAUCUGUCUUCAAAGAUCAAAUAAUAAACUUUGCUAAAACACACAAUAAACAACUUCAAGAUGAUCCUCAAUUGAGAAGAAAGUUUGUCACAUUAUGUAAUAAUAUUGGAAUAGAUUUUUUACAAUUGGUAGAUAAAGACCAAAAACAAUAUAUAUUUGAUCCCAAUGAUUUUUAUUAUGAGUUAUGUGUUAAAAUUAUAGAAAUAGCAAGAGACAUGGGGAGCAUAAAUGGCGGCCUAAUAUCAUUCCAAGAAUUACUAAUACAUUUAAAUAAUAUCCAAAGUAGCAGUAAUAACUCAGUCAAUGUGAAUGAAUUGGAUCUUGAGAAAUCUUUUCAAAUGUUAACCGUUCUAAAGGGCGGAUUUGAGAUAAUUACUGUUGGUAAAAGGGGUAAAAAGUUUUUACAGAGUGUUCCCAUUGAGUUAACUUCAGAUCAAGCACAAGUGUUAGAUAUAUGUUCUAUAAUGGGUUAUACUUCCAAAUCAAUAUUGAGGGAUAAUUAUGGCUGGAAAGCAACACGAUGUGCAACUGUACUAAAUGCAAUGGUAACCACUGGUUUGUUGUGGAUCGAUAAUGGUGAUAUCUCGAAAAAUGGCAACGAUAACGAAACAUUAUAUUGGGAUCCUGCAUGGAUUAUAAAUUGUUAG